CCUUUUUUCAUCCGUCACCUGUGCCCGAGCAAAUCGCAACUCGUACGCAGCAAGAAGUUGUGUCUUCAUCGUCGAAGCGAAAGAAAAGCGACCGGUGGUUAUUCCUUUUUAGCUCCAGUGUUUUUCGCGUCACUUUCCGACGACCGACAACAACCAGCGUGAUGGCGUACGAACCGAAGACAGCCCCGUUCGAUCCGCGUUUUCCCAACCAGAACCAGACCAAGUACUGCUACCAGAGCUAUCUGGAUUUCCAUCGCUGCGAGAAGGUAAAGGGCCAGGGCGAUCAGGUAUGCAAGUACUUCAAAGGCGUCUUCUCGUCGAUGUGCCCGAACUCGUGGGUUGAGAAAUGGGACACCCAGCGUGAGGAGGGCACCUUCGCCGGCCGUAUCUAAAGAAAUCGACCGUAGAAGAUUUGGCCGACAACUGUGUGUGAUGAGUGACGACCGGAUCUCUUGCACGCAGCUUUGCUAGUAAACCAUCAGAAGUAAAAAUUCAACCGCAAAAUCCGGUAAUGAAUGAGCGUGUGUUACGAUGCCAUUCGCCACCAUCUACGUGGCGCGACGCGCGCUGUAAAAUUUAAAUACACCCAUUAUUAAAGAGAACUGUACCGUUAAACACGAGAAAUUCGAAUUUGUUAUGUG